CCAGAUUCGCCAGAUUCUUCCGGGGUCGCGACCACAGGUCACAGAGGCCCUCGAUCUAAAGAUGGCGGCUUCAGCAGUGAGGGGGGCUGUGGCGCUGCGUACGAGUGUUAGCCGGCCCGUGGCUUUUGUCAGAAAAAUUCCCUGGACCGCGGCUUCGAGUGAGCUGAGAGAACACUUUGCACAGUUUGGCCAUGUACGAAAGUGCACUGUACCCUUUGACAAAGAGACUGGAUUUCACAGAGGUAUGGGUUGGAUUCAGUUUUCUUCAGAAGAAGAACUUCAGAAUGCACUACAACAAGAAAAUCAUAUUCUUGAUGGAGUAAAGCUCCAUGUUCAAGCUCAGAGACCAAAAGUUUUGCAAGGGGAUCAAACAUCUGAUGAAGAGAAAGAUUUUUGAGACUAUUACUACCUAUUAAAGUAAACAAAAUUAAAAAUU